AUGGCUAAGUACAUGAUCUCUUUCGUCAAUUAUACAUGUCCCCUGAUACGUCCUUACAGGGUCUCCUUGCCUUGGUCGCUUCGCACCUUGAAACAUUGUCGGCUGCGCUGCAGCGCACAGUCCACAGCUGCAUAUAAUGUCAAUGCUGCUUUGGAUGCAGCGGAGCAAAUAGGCUAUCCCGUCAACCUUCGGUCUGCAUCCACUCUUGGUGGUCUCGGUUCCUGUUUCGCCAACAAUCUCGAUGAGCUUCGUGAUCUCUCUGCAAAGAGUUUGAGUCUGUCCCCUCACGUUCUGAUUGAGCGGAGUAUGAAGAGCUGGAAGGAACUCGAAUACGAAGUUUUGAGUGCGUAUGCUCUUAGAACACGAUCAUUUGCUGCAAUAUGGAGAAUUUCAAUCCUCUCGGCACACACUGGCGAUUCGAUUGGUGUUGCACCGUCUCAAACUCUUCCGGACGACGAAUACCACAUGCUUCACAGCGCUGCUAUCAAGGUCAUCAGGCAUCUUGGUGUUGUCAGCGAGUGCAGUCAUUGA